AUGAAAAAAUUUUAUUCCUCAAAGCCUCUCGAGAAGCGCUUAGAGCCCAGCGCAUCUACAGGCAAACAAAUUUUGCCUCUGUCCAUCGAAGGAUCGGCAGCCUUGUCGAUUCCUGACCCGCAAUUUAGUGAACGCAUGAAAGAUGUCGUCCAAUUCUUCCAGGGAAUAAAUCAUACAGAGACUCUAGAGUUCUGCUUGGGACUUGAAAGGCCAAAUACACCGGUACUUGCUGAACACGUUGUGCUCAUUGCGGUGCGGUGUGGCAAGCUGAGUGGAGAGCGCCCUGCACUGCUGGAUGUUGGAGUACACACUGUCAAACGCCGAGGCAUACAGGAGAAGUAUGCAUGCCCUGGACCGCAUAGCCUGGAAAUCCUUCGCAACGUUUCAUACUAUCACAUAUGUAUGCAAGAUAAUGCGCGUUAUGUGAAUCUCCUAGGAGGUACUCUAGAUCCCCAUAGAACCCGCUUUGGGCGCACGCGGUUUGUAGACGGAAAAGAAGCCAAAGUUGUGCUCGAAGAUUUCUUCCGACAACCUGUCGAGCCUUCGGCAUCGGGAAAAGAGUAUUGUCCUGUUUCAGACAAGCAUUUAGUCCCAGGUGCCUGUCCAAUUGUCAUUCUACAAGACGGCCCAUGGCAGCGCCAUUCGCUCCUCAAUGCUCUCGGUCUUGAACAAACCAUCGGAGAGAAUAUUGUAUCAAUGAUAAGCGCGCAACAAAUUGCUCGCGAAACAGGCUUUGGCUGGCGUGACAAGACUUUCACAGUCGGGCAACUCGCUACCGAUCUCAAGAUCGACUUCCCUGAACACCGGAGCGCUGCCGACUGCGCUGCAUAUUCCCUCAUAAUUUGUAUACAGAUGGUUAUGCGCUCAAAGAUACCACUGGCAAAGCAGCCAAUUCAGUCUGUCGUCAACGUUGCAAUGCUGCACAGCCAAUGUCGUUGGAUCUCCAAUACUAACACCACACCGAUGUCAAAUCCCAUAACCAACGGCGACAACGGGAGCGCUAGCGCUCCGCGUGAUCAUCUGAGUAACUUGCCCGAGGAAAUCUUGCUCCAGAUCUUCGAAGCCGUGGGCCGCAAUGCCAGGCGCGACCUCUGUAGUGUGUCGCGCGUCAACAAGAAAUGCCAUCGCCUCAGUGAUGCCAUUCUCUACAAGAGCAUUCUUUUCGAUUCGCCGGAGCUGCAUCUUACCUUUAGCGAGUCGCUGAGUCGGCGGCCUCGUCGCGGCUCUGCUAUUCACGAAAUCAAGCUCUCAUACCCUUCUUCGGAACUGUCGCAGCUGGCCCUCGAUGCACCAGUGCAUGGCUCGUAUCUCGACCCCAAGCGAUCAGACAGCCUUUCACGGACAUUGUCUAUCAUGUCGAAUUUGGAAAAGUUGGAUAUCUCAGUACCAGAUGUGUUGCUGCAUGGCAUUGGAACCUUGUUCAAUGGUCCGUUCGAUCUUACCUGUUUGAAGACGUGUUCGCUAUUCUACCAAUGCGCCAACGAUGCAUACUGGGACCUCCGCGAAAACAUUCAUAUAUUCGCUCACCCGACUCUUGAGACUUUGACCAUUCGACGAGCGAAGCUAGACGAAAAGGGCUUUGACCACAUUGAGCGACCCCAUAUGACAGCGCUAAAGCAUCUCCAUUUGAUCGAGUGCGACAUUAACGAUGACUCGCUUGGUGAUCUCCUUGAACUGCCCGAGGCGCUUGAGGAAUUUGUUAUGACGCAGACAGAAGAGCCAGAGCCAGAGUUGGAGGAGAGUUCCGAUAACGUUGGGGACUAUAUCUUGGCUGCACAGUCGCAGGCCGAGUUUCUCAAGAGCAUUACAAUCGACCACCCUACACUUACUGGACGCAAGGUAUUACGGAUGAGAGAGUUUGCGGCACUGGAGACUCUGCGCCUGAACUGGGACUAUCAGCUUUUUGGAAAAUCGUCCAAGCGACCAAGGCUCCAUUCAGUCGGAUUACCGCCGGUCAUGGAAACGCUGGAGUUCUUCAACGAUCUAGGUAGCGACAGUGAAGUUACAGAUCUUUUGCUAGCCACAAUCGAGCAGAAGGACGUUGUUGCGAGAAACUGGAAGAAGUUCAUAGUAGUCGAGGGGGAGAAUGGAGUUUCUCGAGAAAUCAAGGAUGCGUGCAAGGCAGCGGGACUUCAGCUAGACAUCAUCGGGGCCAUGGAUGAGGAUUCAGACGAGAAUUCAGACAACGAUUCAGACAACGAUUCAGAUGGGAAUUCAGAGGACGAUUCGGAUCAGGACAGCGAGUAA